GCCCCCCGAGCGGAGCGGGACGGGACGGGAGCGGGGUCCGGGCCCUCCGCCGGCCGCGGGAUGAGGCUGGCCCAACCCGAACCCCGACCGCCGCCGCCGCCGCCCUCCCCCUCCUCCUCCUCCUCCUCCUCCUCCUCCUCCUCCUCCUCACGGCCCCGCGCGGGCACGGACCCGGGCACGGCCCCAGGUUGUGAAGGUGUCUCCCAGCGAAACUGGAUUGAAGUCCUCCUCGUGAUAUCUUAAUGCUUCCACCUUUUUGAACUUUUUUGUUUCUUUUGCAUUUGACUCAAAGUGCCAUGAGAAAAUUUGCAUAUUGCAAGGUGGUCUUGGCCACCUCACUGGUUUGGGUCCUUUUGGAUAUGUUUCUGCUGCUGUACUUCAGUGAGUGCAACAAAUGUGAUGAGAAAAAGGAGCGAGGACUGCCUGCUGGGGAUGUUCCAGAGCCCAUUCAAAAGCCACACGAAGGCCCCGGAGAAAUGGGAAAACCCGUCGUCAUUCCUAAAGAGGAUCAAGAAAAGAUGAAGGAGAUGUUUAAAAUCAAUCAGUUCAAUUUAAUGGCAAGCGAGAGGAUUGCUUUUAACAGGUCUUUACCCGAUGUCAGGUUAGAAGGGUGCAAAACGAAGGUGUAUCCAGAUAACCUUCCCACCACGAGCGUGGUGAUCGUCUUCCACAACGAAGCGUGGAGCACCCUGCUACGAACCGUUCACAGCGUAAUAAACCGGUCACCGAGGCACAUGCUGGAAGAAAUCGUGCUCGUCGACGACGCCAGCGAAAGAGACUUCUUGAAGAGGCCCCUGGAGAGUUACGUGAGGAAACUGCGGGUGCCAGUUCACGUGAUUCGAAUGGAGCAGCGCAGCGGGCUGAUUCGAGCCCGAUUGAAGGGGGCCGCUGCUUCCAAAGGCCGGGUCAUCACCUUCCUGGACGCUCACUGCGAAUGCACCGUAGGAUGGCUCGAGCCGCUGUUAGCCAGAAUCAAAUUUGACAGGCGAACAGUAGUGUGUCCAAUCAUCGAUGUAAUCAGCGACGACACUUUUGAAUACAUGGCCGGCUCUGACAUGACUUACGGUGGGUUCAACUGGAAAUUGAAUUUCCGGUGGUAUCCCGUUCCCCAGAGAGAAAUGGACCGAAGGAAAGGAGACAGGACUCUUCCUGUCAGGACCCCAACAAUGGCAGGAGGGCUUUUUUCAAUAGAUAGAGAUUACUUUCAAGAAAUAGGCACGUAUGAUGCUGGAAUGGAUAUUUGGGGAGGAGAAAACCUAGAGAUCUCCUUUAGGAUAUGGCAGUGCGGGGGUACUUUGGAAAUCGUGACCUGCUCACACGUCGGGCAUGUGUUCCGAAAAGCUACCCCGUAUACAUUUCCAGGGGGAACAGGACAGAUCAUCAACAAAAACAACAGAAGGCUCGCCGAGGUGUGGAUGGACGAGUUCAAGAAUUUCUUCUAUAUCAUUUCCCCGGGAGUUACAAAGGUAGAUUAUGGGGACAUAUCAUCAAGACUUGGCCUGAGACACAAACUACAAUGCAAGCCCUUCUCUUGGUACCUCGAAAACGUUUAUCCCGAUUCCCAGAUUCCACGGCACUAUUUCUCUUUGGGAGAGAUACGAAACGUGGAGACAAAUCAGUGUCUGGAUAACAUGGCAAGGAAAGAGAAUGAAAAAGUCGGGAUUUUUAACUGCCACGGAAUGGGGGGUAAUCAGGUGUUCUCCUACACUGCCAACAAAGAAAUCCGAACGGAUGAUUUAUGUUUGGACGUCUCCAAGCUUAACGGUCCAGUCACAAUGCUCAAGUGCCACCACCUGAAAGGCAAUCAGCUUUGGGAAUACGAUCCCACGAAAUUAACCCUGCUGCAUGUGAACAGUAAUCAAUGCCUGGACAAAGCCACGGAAGAGGACAGUCAGGUACCCAGCAUCAGAGACUGCAACGGCAGCCGAUCCCAGCAGUGGCUCCUCCGGAACGUGACCCUUCCGGAAAUAUUCUGAGGGGGUCCGAGUCCCAAAAGGGGAACGGAAAAAAAGGGAUCGGCCGGGCUACCUCGGCAGACGUCUCCGCCACGUCCUUACAGAGCAAAAAAAAAAAAGAGAGAGGAAACGAACUUUCGGUUCCUGGAGAACGCAAGGUUUAUCAGCCAUGGAAACUGCCCCUUGCUUUUUCACUAGCCGUGAAACCAGCCUUUCCGAUGUGGACGUGGACACACUUUAUACUAGUGAAACUGUGCACACUGAUGUUUACAAGAUUGAAAGAGUCUUUCAUCAAAGAAUCAUUGUAGAGAACGUUUAGACAAUGAAAACCUAAUCAGUGAAAUCCGCUCUCUGGAGAGCCGCCUCAUUAGAGUUCGCUUGCAUGACAGUAACUUACGCGGGGAGUGCUGUCAUAAUGAAGAGGUUUCCAAGAUUUUUUUUUCUCCCCCACCCCCCGGUUAGAAUUGCUAACCGGGACGUUAAAUAUUGAUACGAGAAUAAAUGGCACCGAAACGGAACCAGAAUCGGCAAAAUAUCAUUUUUACGGAAAUAUAUUAAACAGGGUUUAAGGGAAAUGAAGUCAGAACUAUGAAAAGUACAAUUUGUUAUAGUAAAGUAUCAAAUUUAUAUGUAGAUUUUAUACCUCAAUGGGGAGGGAUUAACCAGUUCCAACAAUAUCUUCGUUUUCAGUUACGUGACAGUCACGGUUGCAUUUUUAUUUCCUGGGGUGCUGAAAUUAAACUGAGCUGAAAAAAUUUGGCUCUUGGAAUGUCAGUUCAUUUUUUUCCACUCUUUGUCCUUCCAUUGGUUUGGAGGUUGUUGAAAUUGUAGCGCCUUCAUUUUUAUUUUUAUUUUUUUUUUCGCCUGCUAAAAAGCGGAGGCUUAACAGGGCUCACUUGUCUUUCCGGACCAUCCAUUUCAGUUGUUCCGAGGUCAUCGGAUUUGUGCAAAAGAUUUCAACUUUUGCUUUUCUCGUCGUCUUAACCUGACUGAUUAAACCUAGUGCCCAACAUCCUACUACUGUACUACAGAUUUGUUUUCACAGCAAUAAAUCUUUUGGCCUUGGUUUAUUAUUCCAGUCCACAAAAA